CGACGUGAAAUGGGUGGGAGGUAUGAAAAUAUUGUUCCCUUAGCUAGCUACCAAUCUUCCUAGCUUGCUAUCUUGAAUCAAAAUGAGUUCGUUCGCAGGUCGUAUGAAGGAGUAUCCCAACAUAUCGUUGGACCGUUUUGACAGAGAGAAUCUGCAUGCAAGGGCAUAUUUUUUAUCUCACUGCCAUAAAGAUCACAUGAAGGGACUGAAGGGGCCUCUGUUGAAAAGAAAAUUGAAAUUUAGUUUGACAGUCAAACUUUACUGUUCAUUUGUAACAAAGGAACUGUUGCUGAGCAAUCCGAAAUAUGGCUUCUGGGAAGAUCAUAUAGUUGCUUUGGAACUGGAGAGUCCCACUCAAAUCUCAUUAAUUGAUGAGGCUUCUGGAGAGAAGGAAGAGGUUGUGGUGAGUCUACUUCCUGCAGGUCACUGUCCAGGCUCGGUCAUGUUCUUGGUAGAGGGAGCCCAGGGGACAGUGUUGUACACAGGAGACUUCAGACUGGCAGAGGGAGACGCCUCUCGCAUAGACCUCCUCCACUCUGGGAGCAGAGUAAAAGACAUACGGAGUGUUUAUCUGGACUCCACCUUCUACGACCCUCGCUACUACCAGAUACCCAGCAGAGAGGCGUGUUUGUCUGGUAUCAGGGGUCUGGUCCAGGACUGGCUCAGUAAAAGUGCCUAUCAUGUUGUUUGGCUCAACUGUAAAGCAGCUUAUGGCUAUGAAUACCUCUUCACUAACCUUGGGGAGGAGUUUCACACGCAGAUACAUGUCAAUAGUCUAGACAUGUUCAAGAAGAUGCCAGAGAUUCUUAGUCAUGUAACUACAGAGCGAGCCACUCAGAUCCACGCCUGCCGUCACCCAAAGGAUGAGGAGUUCAUGCGUGGCACCCGUUUGCCCUGUGGUAUGUGGGCGUCAGAUGGAACCCCUCUGAAGAUCAUCAGCAUCAAGCCCUCCACCAUCUGGUUUGGGGAGAGGACACAGAAGACUAAUGUCAUUGUCAGGACAGGUGCCAGUUCCUACAGAGCCUGCUUUUCCUUCCACUCUUCCUACUCAGAGAUCAGAGACUUCUUAUCGUAUCUGCAGCCAAUCAACAUCUACCCUAGUGUCAUCCCUAUUGGUCGAACCCAUGCUGAUGUCACAGAGCUGUUGAAGCCCAUGUGUAGAAGGAUUUCUUCGGCUGUGAUCUAUAGACCUCUGGGAACUCUGAAACGCAUCAGUCAGGACCAACCCCCCCAAGAUAUGGACAGUUCAGAUGGUCUGUUUGAGCAGGCAGACCUGGCUCCUGUCAGGAAGAGGCUGAUGAUACAAGAGAUCCCCCUCACAAAUCUCCCUCACCCCCCUGUGGAUUUGGUACAUCUACCCCUCACACCGAUCAGCACGGCAGACUAUUUAGACUGUACAGAGUCUAAUGAUGAGGAAGAUGAAGAAGAUGAGGAGGACAGUGACUUGGGAAAGGAAGAGGAGGAAGGGGAAAGAGUGGAAAAGAAGAGAGAAGGAAUGGAGGGGUCAGAUUCAGUCUCCUCCCCUUGUUGGGAGGAGUUUUUCACUACAGAAAUUCUGACAGACAGCCAGAAUAGCCAAGAACAGCGCUGUUCUCUGACAGACAGCCAGAAUAGCCAAGAACAGCGCUGUUCUCUGACAGACAGCCAGAAUAGCCAAGAACAGCGCUGUUCUCUGACAGACAGCCAGAAUAGCCAACCACCCACCUGCUCUCACACAAGCCCCUCCCACAUUGCACUCACUGGCUCUCAGACCCCUGAACUAUUUGCUCAUGAGGAUGAAAAUGAAAAAGAAUCCACUCAGUUUCCAGUUCCCUCCAUUCCCAUCUCAGCUGGACUGGGCCUGAACCAAGCUGACACCAUGCUAAUCCAAUCAGAAGACAUCUGUCAGGGAGAUGCAACUAUAGAGACCGGAUGGAAGGAGAGUGCUAGUCACACUCCUCAAACAGAACCAGUUAAUCUGUCUGAGUCACAAAUGUCUUCAGAUUUUGAGGUUCCGUCUACACCAGACUCACACCCACCCGGACCAGACGACCUGUUGGUUCUGUACAGGAGUCUGGCGGCUGGAGAGCAAGUGCUAGUCAGGAAUAACCCUAUAGGAUCAAUCAUAAAGGACUAACUCUAUGGAUCAAAUCUACAGGACCACCCUUGCUGGACAAUAAUCUAGAGAAACAAUCCUGCAGGACUAACCCCAGGGGUUGACAUCACCAUCCUCAACCCUACAGCAGGACUAACCCCAGGGGUUGACAUCUCCAUCCUCAACCCUACAGCAGGACUAACCCCAGGGGUUGACAUCACCAUCCUCAACCCUACAGCAGGACUAACCCCAGGGGUUGACAUCUCCAUCCUCAACCCUACAGCAGGACUAACCCCAGGGGUUGACAUCUCCAUCCUCAACCCUACAGCAGGACUAACCCCAGGGGUUGACAUCUCCAUCCUCAACCUUACAGCAGGACUAACCCCAGGGGUUGACAUCACCAUCCUCAACCCUACAGCAGGACUAACCCCAGGGGUUGACAUCUCCAUCCUCAACCUUACAGCAGGACUAACCCCAGGGGUUGACAUCACCAUCCUCAACCCUACAGCAGGACUAACCCCAGGGGUUGAGUAUUCUGUCCAUACAUCCAAAACAUCAAUAUAGCUCUUUUACACCAGUUUACUACUACUAAUACUUUCAGACCAAUUUCAGUUCUGGCAGUGCCUAAAUGUUUUCUGGCUUUGCGUAAAUGUAUUCAGGUGCUUCUGAGUGUGGUUGUGGAUUUGAUUCCGACGAGUCAGGAAAAUGUGGGCUCACUACUGUUACUGGAUAUGGAUAAGUGCAGGGCUGCAAUAAAAAAAUAUUUUGGUAAUUGA